AUGAAACGAAUUUUGUACCUUUCUCUCUUUAUUUUAUGUGCACUACAUGGUGUGCUUGAUGGAAGCCAUUAUCGUGGUGGUAUUAUUUCAUGGCGUCCAUUAAAUAAUACAGUACAGGGUACCACUGCACAAAUUCUUUUACAUCAAAGAUAUUUUUGGUACAGAUUAUGGAGCAGUUUUCCUCCACCUUAUUGCACGGAAGCAAAUGUCGUUGCUCAAACACCUAUUACUGUAUCCGGUGCUGCUUUGACCUGUUUAAGAAACUGCACAUCUUCUCCUACCUUUCCUUCAUCAAUUUCAGCCAAUAUGAUAACUUCAGAUUGUGAUACAAACACGAUCAUUGAAUCAUGGAGUGGUGAACUUUACACUACUUUGACACUACCUUUGACAACAUCAAUUACAAUUGGCUAUACCGGAAGUGCAUGGUUGACUCAACUUUAUUUAGGUGGAAGUGGUAGUUGGGCAAUUGUCAAUCGAAUGAAUCUAGCUCCGAGACCAGAUGGUUAUAUCAAUUCCAGUCCUGUUACAAGUACAUUACCAUGUAUACUUUACCAAAGAAAUGUAUCAAUAGUUCAUACUGUACCGAUGGCAGAUAAUGAUGCUACUGAUAUAUUGGUAUGUCGUUGGUCCAAUUCGAAUUCCUCAUAUAAUUACAACCAAAAUGAUGAAUGUGGAGGUGUCUGUAAGGCAAUGCCCGCUGGAACGACACUCAUCGGAUCCAAUUGUACGUUGCAAUUCAUUCUACCGAACGCUAGCAUCUACUAUGCUUGUGCACUGCAAAUCGAAGAUUAUUUUAACGCUAGCUCCCCGUAUCCAAUGAGUUCAGUUCCGAUACAAUUUUUAUUCUAUGCAUACAAUCCUUCCGCUGGUGCAUGUGUACAACGUCCCUCAAUUAUCGGUGACCGUCCAAAUAGCGCUUGCAUUGGAGUUCCUGUCGGUGUCCAAGUCAAUGAAACUGUAAUUGCAGAAACAUACUGUCCUGGUCAAACAAUUGUUGAUUUUGUCACUACUUCACCUAUUGGAAUGACACAUAGUGCUAUUAGUAAUCCAAGUUCUGGUUUAUGGACAAUGUUACUGACAUGGACACCAACAGUAACACAAUUUGGUCCUCAAAGUAUUUGUGCCGGGGCAAUUGAUAAUAGCAGUUUACAAUCAGCUCCGUGGUGUAUUACAUACUUAGUUGGCUAUGAAUCGCCUAGCCUCAUUAGCGUUUCAGCUUCACCAGUCGGCAUUAUCUCCCAAAAUCAAACUAUUUUUUCAAUUCAAACCACAAGUGCAGUUAAGCGUCCAUCACGUAAUGGCAGUAAUAUUUAUUUCACUGAUUCUACUAACAAUACAGUUGUCCAAAAAUUUGAUUGUGGUUGGGCACCACAAGUAACAUACAUAAAUUUCACAAUUAUUAUUAUCUUUCCAGUUGCACCAUGGAUUCCUGGACAUUCCUAUUUUGUUACAUUUGACAGUGGUGCUGCGGCUGGAAUUCCCUUUUGCGUAAGCACAACAACAACAACAACAACAUCGUCAUCAACAACAUCGACAACAACAUCAUCAUCAACAACAUCGUCUACAACAUCAUCCACAACAUCAUCGACAACAACAUCAUCGACAACAACAACAACUACAACCUCAUCGACAACAACAUCAUCAUCAACAACAACAACAUCAUCCACAACAACGUCGACAACAGCAACAAUAACAUCAACAACAACAACAUCAUCCACAACAACAUCGUCUACAAUAUCAUCCACAACAUCAUCAUCAACAACAAUAACUUUAUCAACAGCAACUACUAACACUUCUUCACCAACAGUAUACACUACGAUGAAUUUAUACAAUACAACUUCAACUAAAGGUAAUUGUUAUUAUCCACGUGUGAUACUUAUUCCCGGUACGUCGACACUUUCAUCGCCAAUACAAUUUCGUCGCAGUCAAGAUUUUUCUAUUGUUUCAAUUAUUGAAUUUAUUUGUAAUAUAAAACUUUCAAUGACAACACAGUGGAGAAUCAAUAAUUGUACAACAACAAUAUGUUCAAAUUCCAUUCAAUUAGAUCCAAUAAUUAAUACAAAAUUCAGUGAAUUAUAUAUUCCAUCAAAGACACUUCCAUAUGGAACAUAUCAAUUAGAAUUAACAGUUACAAUGAAUAGUUCAUCACAUUAUUCAACAUCAUCAUUUGUUUAUGUACAAAUAGUUGCAUCAAAUAUAAUCGCAAAUCUUGUUCAAUUCGGAACAUCAAUGAUUACAAGUGGAUAUAAACAAGAUCUUUUACUUGACCCGGGAAACUAUUCUGUUGAUCCAAGUGAAUAUGUAUUCAAUGCAAGUAAUUGGAAAUACAAAUAUUAUUGUCGAAUAUUUGGUUUAUAUAUGUUCCCAAAUUUUCAAGGCUCAUUAAUACCGAUUGGUAAUACAACAAUUGAUCCGUUAAAUCCAUCAUGUUUCAUAAAUCGAACAGAUAAUCAAACAUCUUGGAAAUUUAACUCAAUAAAUUCCUCGAUAACAAUUGUCGCUAAUUCCUUACAAUCCAAUCGAACAUAUCAAUUUAUGGUUUAUAUGGAACAUCAACAAAAUACUUCACUUCAAGCAACUGGUUAUGUACUUGUUAAUGUCGAAAAUACUUAUCCACAUAUGGUUCUUAUUGGUUGUGUUAUUUCGACAUUAUGUUCACCAGAUUUAGAAUUUCAACUUGUUAAUCCAACAACACAAGUUGCUCUAUUUUCAGUUUGUAAUGGAAAUUGUACAACAAUUCAGAAUAUUACAUGGAAUAUUUAUCAAGGACAAAUGAAUUCAUUUUCAAAUUUAACCACAUGGAUUUUGUUUAAUCAGACAGUUUACGAAAAUAUUUGGCUUUUUGGUACAAACACAAGUAAUUUUACUGCAACAAACCAGUUAUUUCUGUCAAAUCCACAAAUAAAUCGUUGGCGAUUUGAAGUUGUUUAUUCAUUUUUACAAGAAACUAGUUCCAGUUCGUUAAAUAUUGUUCUAACGAAAUCUCCAUCUAAUGGUUCUUGUUCAAUUAAUCCUCUAAACGGUACAACAAAUAGUUUAUUUGAUGUUUUAUGUUCAAAUUGGUUUGAUGAUAAUGAUAUCAAAGAUUAUUCUGUUUAUGUUUGGAGAAAUGAUCUAGCUGAGAAAAUGAUCGUUACUUAUUCUACAAUAUCAUCAUUUCAAGUUCGAUUACCACCUGGAGAUGAUCAAACAUCAUUACUUCAUGUAUUUGUUCAUAUUCGAAAUGAAUUCGACUGUAUUACAGAACUCAAUCUAUCGUCUGUUACUGUCAUGAUAGAUUUAGUCGGACUUACUGAUUUUAUAAAUAAUAUCCAAAAUAUAUCAAGUGAAUUAAUAAGAAAUCCAAUAGCUCAAUUACUUGCUAGUCAAAAUCAAAAUAUAGUUGGGCAACUAAUUAUUUCUCUCUCACAACAAUUGAAUAAAAUGAACAGUGAAAAUAUUGAUACAGCUAUUUUAAAUGGUAUUUCAGCUACAAGUAUUUCUGUUUCAACAUUAGGAAAUCAAACUUCUCAAGUGUCUUCAAUACCAUUGAAUGAAUCAGCUUUAGUUGAAUAUAAUAAACAACUAAAUUCUCAUGCAAAUAGUCGAGAAUAUUUGAUGACAUUCAUAACAAAACUGGCAAUAACAACAUCCAAUAGUGUUAAACUACAGGCGACAGCAUUAGCACAAAUAACUGAAACAACAAAUGAAUUAACAAGAACAGCUUUAAUGAUCGCGUCGGAGAGAUGUUAUCAAUUAGCCAUGGCUUUAUAUCCGCUGCGUACAACAAUUCCAUAUGAAGAUGUUCAGCUAUCAGCAACUCAACUUAUUCAAUGUACUGCUAAUGUUUUGACUGCUGUUAAUGGACCAUUACAACAACGAACAACGAUUUUAGAUUUAGAUUAUUUACGUGCCACAACAUUUCCCGCAGACUAUGAUACUGAUCUCGAAUCUUCAUGGUCCAAUCCAAAUUUAUUUGCUGAUGGAAAUGAUUUUUCAUGGGAAACAAUAGAAAGAAAUCGAAAUAUUUAUUAUCAAAAACAAUUAGCAAAUCAGAUAAUCAAUCAAAUGAACGAAAUCAUCGCAUUAUUAUCUUCAUCAUUAAAUAUUCAUUUAAAUAUUGGACAGCAGUCUAUUUUUGAUACAUCUCAAGUAUUUAUGUCAUUAGAAAGCAAAUCAAUUGAAUCUCUUUCAAAUAAACUUUUCCAGCAAAUGGUAAAUGCUCAGAUUCAAUUGCCAGAAAAUCUUAAUUUAAAUCUCAGUAAUAAUUCAAAGAUUUCUAUUCGAACAAUGGUUACACCAUUAGCGCCUUUUGGUAAUACAACACUCCAAUCAAAUACAAAUCUUUCAACUUGUGUAUCAUUUUCAAUUCUUGGUCAAAAUCAAAAUGAAAUAUCUGUUCAAACAGAUCUUAAUCGUCCUAUUGAAAUCAUUAUUCCUCGUGAUUCAAAUUUAAUAAUUCCAUCAAUGAUUCUACAAAAUGUGACAUCAAUGAAUUCGACUCCUCAUAAUCAAUUAUUUAAUUUUCAGUAUAUCAAUAUUACAAGUACACUACCGAUUUCAGUUCAUUUAGAAAUUCAAUCUUUGAAUUCCAGUCUUGCUUAUUUAUUUAUUUAUAAAUUUGAUCAAGCACCUCAAUUAAAUAGUUCAAUCAAACAAAUCGAUGGAUCACAACUUUUUUGUCCUUCAGAUUUGACAAAUGACAGUAUUUAUGAGUAUUUUCUUGAUAAUCAACAAACAUUUGGUCAUCGAUCUCUUAUAUUUGGUUUACGAGAAUUAAAUUCAACAGAAAUGAGUGAUGUAUGUUCAAAUUCUUCCAUCACUUAUCUUCCAAUAACAAAUGAAAGAUUUAAUUUUACAUCAAAUUAUCAAUUAAGAAUCUAUACAUCAGGUUGUUAUUAUCUUGAUAAUAAUAAUCAAUGGAAAUCAGAGGGAUUAAUAGUUGGUUCUUUAACAAAUCAUAAUCAAACUCAAUGUUUUUCCACACAUUUAACAAGUUUUGCUGGUGGUCUGGUUAUUUUACCUGAACCAAUUAAUUGGAAUUAUGUUUUUGCCAAUGCAGAUUUUAAUCGAAACAAAACUAUUUAUUUAACAGUUAUUUGUGUAUGUUUAAUGUACAUCAUAUUGACAAUUUAUGCACGUUAUAAAGAUAAAAAAGAUCUUGAAAAAUUAGGAGUUACACCAUUACCCGAUAAUCAUCAAUCAGAUGAAUAUGUUUAUGAAAUUAUUGUUUUUACUGGUCAAAGAAAAGAUGCUGGAACAAGUUCGAAUGUUCAUUUCGUCAUAUAUGGUGAGGAAAAUGAGACACAUGUUCGUACAUUAGCGGGUCCUCAUCGAAAGAUUUUACAACGCGGUGGUGUUGAUGCAUUUGUAAUGAGUGUUCCAAAAACCUUGGGAUUAUUGAAUUGUAUUCGUAUAUGGCAUGAUAAUACAGGUGAAGGUUCGUCAUCAUCAUGGUUUCUUAAAUAUAUAAUUAUUCGGGAUUUACAAACAAUGGAAAAAUUUCAUUUUAUUUCUCAACGAUGGUUUGCAGUGGAAAAAGAUGAUGGAAAAAUUGAACGGAUUUUACCAGCUGCAAGUGAAAUAGAAAAACAUGAAUUUUCUUAUUUAUUAACAAAACGUACAUAUCAUAGUAUAUCUGAUAGUCAUUUAUGGUUUUCAAUAUUUUCUCGUCCACCAUCAAAUAAAUUUACACGUGUACAACGAUGUACAUGUUGUUUUGUUUUAUUUUUUGUUUCAAUGUUUUUAAAUAUAAUGUAUUAUGAUUUAUCAAAUCAAGCAAAAAGCAAUAAUUCAACAAAUUCAGCCAGUUUAUCGGUUGGUUCUCUUCAGAUCAAUUCUCAACAAAUAAUAAUUGGUAUUAUUGUUGAGUUCUUUGCAUUCAUUCCAAGUCUUUUAAUUGUACAAUUAUUUCGACGUCUUCGAUCUCGUCAAAAACAGCUUUCACCAUUACAUCAAGCAUUAUAUAAAAUUAAACCACACUUACAGAGUCAAACUGAUGUUGAUCAAAAGAAAAACAAUCGAAAAUCUUCAUUAACAUUUCCUUGGUGGUGUAUAUUUAUUGCAUAUGGACUUUGCAUAAUACUCGUUGGCCUCUCGAUUCUAUUUAUAAUUGCUCGUGGAAUCGAGUUUGGUGAUGAGAAAACUCAACAAUGGUUAAUAUCAAUUUUAAGUGGAUUUUUCUCAUCGAUCUUUUUCUCCCAACCAAUAAAAAUACUAAGUUUGGCAAUAAUCUUUGCUUGUUUUUGUCGAAGAUCGAAUGAUGAUUACGAAGCAAACGAAUUUUUAGAUAAUAAUCAAGUUGAUUUAAAUAAUGAUGAAGAAUAUCUUCAUUCGAUUAAGAAGAGAUCUUUGUUUACUUAUCGUCCACCAGUUCGUGCAAAUCGUUUAAACGAAAGUGAAGUUAUUUAUGCUCGUGAUCGACGUUUACAAGAAAUCUAUAUGUGGUCAGUUAUUCGAGAAAUAGUUCAUUAUUUAUGGUUUUUCUCACUUCUUUCUAUUUUAACUUAUACACAUCGUGAUUUAAAUUCAUUUAAUCAAGUUGAUCAUUUACAAAAAUAUUUUCUAAAUUCAAGACAAAUCAAUUCAGAUUAUACAACAGUUUCAACAAUAGAUGAUUAUUGGAAUUGGUUAGAAAAUAGUUUUGUUGACAAUAUUCGUGCUCAACAAUGGUAUAAUGGUGAUGCACCUCGAAAUUUGAGUGGUUAUAUUAACGAUAAAACAAAUCGAUUCAUUGGAUGGGCAACAAUGAGACAAUUACGUGUUAAAUCUCAAUUAUGUCUUGCUAACAAUGAAAUUAUUUUAACAUGUCAGUAUGAUUAUAGUUUAUCAAAUGAAGAUAAACAUUCCUAUCAACCAGGAUGGUUAAAUGAAACCAUAGAAACGUAUAGUUCAUCCAUUAGUCAAUCAUUUCAAUAUAAAUCAAGUAAAGAUUUAGAUACAUAUACUUAUGUUGGAGAUUAUGGAAGUUAUGAAGGUGGUGGUUAUGUUUAUGAAUUUCGAGGUCGUUUAGUUGAUCUUCAAACUAAUGUAUCUCAACUUUAUCAAUUAGGAUGGAUUGAUGAUAAAACAAGAGCUGUGAUUAUUCAAUUAACUUUAUAUAAUCCAAAUGUUCAAUUAUUUACUUCAGUUACUUUUCUUGCAGAAUUUUUAUCAUCAUCUGGAGUUUAUCCAACAGCUCGUUUUGAACCAUUUAAUUUUUAUGCAUUUACAUCAAAAUUUCAAUUAAUUGUUAUAAUUCUUUACAUGUUAACGAUAAUAUAUCACAUGUGGAUAGAGAUUCGAUUAUUAUUUGAACUGAAACGAAAAUAUUUUUAUCGAUUCUGGUCAUAUAUGGAAGUUGGAAUAAUUGUAUGUGCAUGGACAACUGUUGGAAUUUACAUUUGGCGAUAUCAUCAAUGUGAACGUAUUGGUGAAUUAUUUAAAGAAACAAAUGGAUAUGUUUAUAUUAAUUUACAAUUCGCAUCUUAUGUUAAUGAUAUUUUAACAAUUCUAUUGGGUUUUUCUUGUUUUUUUGGUACAAUUAAAUCCAUUAAACUUUUACGUUUUAAUCAACGUUUUUGUUUAUUUAUUGAAACACUUAAAUACGCAAGAGCAGAACUAAUAUCAUUCUCAAUGAUGUUUUCAAUUAUAUUUAUAGCAUUUCUUUCUCUAUUUUAUUUAUUAUUUAGUGGAAAAAUUUCUUCUUGUUCAAGUUUAUCAGACACGGCACGUAUGUUAUUUGAGAUAACAUUAAUGAAAUUUGAUGCAGAUGAAUUAAUUGAAGCAUCAGCAUUUCUUGGUCCAUUUUGUUUUAGUCUAUUUAUUAUCUUGGUGAUAUUUAUUUGUAUGAGUAUGUUUCUUUCAAUAAUUAAUAAUAGUUUUCGUCUUGCAAGAGAAAAUCUCGAUCCAAAUAAUCAACAGAUCUUUUCAUUUAUGUUGAAAAAAUUUCAACGAUGGACAGGUUUAAAAAAAAUAACAGAUGACAAUAUUCAUGAAGAACGAGAUACAAUAAUGCGUUCAGAACAUUUGCGUCCAAUUGAAAAAUUUUCAGAAAAAAUCGAUCAACUCUUAGAUGCAAUCAAUCGAUUAUAUAUGUCACAAAGAAUGGAAAGAGAAAGAUUAAAAGAUAUUACUAUUUAA